CUCCAACUCAAAAAGAUCAGUGCGAAGCGCAACCGAAGUCAAAGGAUCCAACUUUAAAAUUGUCUUGCCACAAAUCUUCGCCACCAAAACUGGCAAUCAACUUCGGCUCUUCCUACUCAGCGCAUUACUGUGAAGAGACAAGAGACACCAUGAUCCCCGAAUACAUCUUCCUUCCUGACAACGCCACAUCGCAUGAUGCUAGUGACGAGACUCCAAGCUCCUCUGGCUCAACCCACAACGACACUACCGCUCCGUCGGAAGCUGAACGCUGGAAUCCAACGGAAGUGACUACUCCUCAUGCAGCCAAGGAUGUGAGUCCAAAAGCACCUAGCCGACCUUGUCAGGAUGCUUCAUGUCCCAAAUUACCAGAGAGAAGAGGCUCGUUUCGCACCGACGACGAUGGCGAUACCAUGCCACCGAAAAUGCCUCGACGGGUGGAUUCCGUGGCCAGCUUUUCCAAGUGGAACAAUAGUUCCAACACCAUGAACCUGUCCAGCCACCACAUGAGCUUCUGCUCCAACCAUGAUUCUCACAACCUGAGCCACUCCAACAACAACAUGAGUGUGCAACAAAUGUCGGAUCCUGGCAGUCCCUAUCGGCUUCAGUCAUUGCCCUCGGCCAACUUGGCCAUUAUCAGCGACCUUGGACCCCUUCGAGUCUCCAGCAAUGCAAUGCCCCGAAGCAUUGAUAUCCUCAGCGACUCGAGCCGAACAUACCACAGCAGCAGCAAGGACAAAUCGCUAGUUCGUGGAGGGAGUCCGACCAAGUCAUCCCCCACUCCCUCCAUUACACAGCUGACAAGGUCACCAACAAGGGAUCUCUACUUGCACCGAUAAGAUGCUCUACCAGUUUUGAAAAACACCCGCUAUAGUAUAAUAUAAUGUGCACUUGUACUAAAAUGAACAAAAGACAGACAUU